UCGGCGCUUAGCACGUGUAGUACGCACGUUGCUUGAAUUUUGUUAUUUAAAACGCUAAACUGCAUAGCUCACCGAUGGUUCCCAAUGAGAAAAGCUUCCCCCGAGGCGGGACAAUCCACAGCGAAGCCAAAACCGCCGACAUCAGUUCGAAUAUCGUUUUUGGUGCUUCGCAAAAGAAGGUAAAAAAGGCUCCGAAAGUAAAAGACAACUUUUUGAACGAUGCAAGCGAGGAACAAAAUGAGCAACUGGAGGCAUUCUCAGCGGAAUCCCUUAAUCUGGACACACUGCAGGAGGAUAUGUUGGUCAUGGGAGUUGUAAAGGAGACAAGCGCCACAGCUCUACAGAUUGCACUGCCCGGACGGUUAUUCGCGCGAACCCUGGUGGCGGACAUAUCGGAGGCCUAUACCCGUGUUGCUAAGGCAGCGAUGUCGGGGGACACCAGCGAAUACCACGAUCUCACCGAGCUCUUCCAAGUGGGUCGCAUCGUCUACGGCAAGGCCAUCAAAACAGAUAAGCUGGGCAGCAGCAGGAUCAGCCUUUUACUUUCUCUUAAGCCGGCCGAUGUUCAUGGCAGUCUACAUCACAAAAGCAUCAAGAAGGGAUUCAUCUUCUCCGGGGCCGUAUCGGAGAUCCAGGAGCACGGAUAUGUUAUCGAGUCAGGAGUACAGGGACUGCAGGCCUUUGUGCCCUGUGAGGAGCCAGCGCAGACGCUUCAUGUGGGUCAGCUGACUUUUCUCAAGGUCAAUAAGGUCCAGCACGACACCCACCAGAGCACUUGCACCUGUGUCCAGGUGCAGCAGGACCAGAUGCGCAUCAAGAGCCAAAAUGAGACGAAUCUCGACUAUAUUUUGCCGGGCAGCAUUGUUAAGUUCAAAGUGGCCAAGCACUUGAAGGAUGGACUGAAAGGUAGUAUCAUGAACGAAUCCUUUAGCGCCUAUAUUAACGAGCACCACCUGGCCAACGCCUUGGACACGUUGGAUACCUACGAGUUGAAUGAGGAUUACAAUGCAAGGGUGCUCUACGUGAUGCCCCUAACAAAACUGGUGUACUUAACACUCAAUUUGGAUAUCAAAGCGGGAGAUGAAGUGGGAAAAGAUCAGGAUGAGGAGGAGGAGGAGGUAGGAGAGCCCCUUAAGGUGGGUUCCGUAGUUGAAAAGGCCAAGGUCCUGCGGCUUGGUAGUGGCGGAGUGGUGCUGCUGCUCAACAAGAAACUUAAGGGCCUUAUCUCUUAUGGUUCCAUCAGAGCAAACUUUAAAGGAAACUACGACAAGGACGAAGUGUUGUCCAAAUACGGUCGGAAAACCAAGCACAAAGUGCGCAUCUUGGGCUACGACGUGAUCGAGUCACUUUACUACUGUUCUGACGAUCCCAACGUGAUCAAUGAGAAGAUCUACUCCCUGGAAGACAUUAAUGCCGGUGAUUUAGUGACAGCAAAAAUUUUCAAGAAAGACGCCAAAAUCAAGGGCUGGUCAGUAAGGAUUGGAAAAGUCAACGGAAUACUGGAACAAUUUUAUCUGGCACCCAAUCUUCGUUACGAUGUUGGUCAGUCGGUAAGGUGUCGCGUCCUGGAAGUAAAUGUGGAGCGUAAAGUUUGCUAUCUGAGCAAUCGCAGCGAGUAUUUGGGCAAGGGAGUGAAACUGCUGACCGAUUAUUCGGACGGCCACGUUGGAAACGUCUAUACGGGCACUGUUGUCCGAUGUGAGGACAAUUAUGUACUCGUUAAGUUCGGCAAUGGCGUUAAGGGAGUCCUUCACAGGCAAAAUCUAAAAGAAAAAAGCUCCUUCUUCGAGGGUCAGACAACUAAGUUCCGGAUUCUAAGUCGCAACAAGGACCAAAUCACUUUGACUAUGCCGGAAGACAAGUUCCAACUGGGAGAGAUCUGUCCCGUUGAGGUAACCAAUGUCUUGGACGCUGGACUGGAAAUUAAAAUCACUUUUGCCGCCGACGAUGAAGAUGAGGACGAAGACGGAAAUCCCAGUGUGGAGGAGUACGUUGGGCUUAUCCCACUGCGGUUGCUCUCAGAUCACCUAGAGUUGCUACACGCCCAGAUGCGUGUACAUCCAGCGGGCUCCCACACCGAGGCAGCUUGUAUAAUGCAGAACAUCUUCAGCUUGCGCGAUGUCGCCUACUUCAGUGGCCAGCUUACCAAGGACUGGCAAUCGGUUAAAGUGGGAGACAUAAUUCGUUCAUAUGUUAAACACGCCACCGAUCAGGUUGUGGAUCUCAUGGUGUCCGUUCGCGACUACAACAAGCCGGUGAAGGUUCAUGUUAAGAUGCUUCGUCUAAAUGCCGUAAAAAAUGCGCCCGUAGAGCUGGUUCCAGAACAGCUUUUGUUGGUGAAGGUUCUCAGCAAGGAAGCCGAAACCAAGACGUUGACAGUGUCCGCCAAGCUCACGGACGUGUGGAGCGGAGAUCUUAGCGAUACUGCCAAAAUGGUUGAAAGCUAUCUGGACGAAGUGGCAAAGAUCAAGGCAGCGCUUCAGAACACCUCUGCACCCAUUUCCAAAUACUCGGUUGGAGAUAAAAUUGACGUGGUGUUUAAGGGCAUCGAUGCAACUUCCAAUGACUGGGUCUACACAGUGGAGGGAGGUUCUAAGGUUUCCGCCCUGCUGCUUUCCAGUCUGGUGGGAACAGCUAAAGCUCCCGAGGCGGGAAGCAAGAACCAGGCAAUUAUUCUAUGGAUCGACUACUCCAGCGACGUUCUACUGAUCAGUAACAAGAAGCUGGAUAUUGCACAUAUUUCACCAAGCGGUAAACUUUCUGCAAACCUGAUCGGAAAGGCGGGCAUGAAGGCCAAGGUACUGUUAAAACUGGAAUCCGUGGUAGUGUGCUCACUAAAGAAAGGUACAAAUCCGUUGGUUAUAUGUCCGAUUCGGUUGCACCCUAACGAUGUGGAGAACUCUGGAAGUGCAGAGCUGCGACAGGGAGAUUUCUGCAACGUAGCUUUUAUUCACGACAAGCUGCCAAUUGCUGUGCCAGAGACUGUUUGGCGGCUAUGGAGAGGAAUAAAAAGAACGGCGGGCUCAGAGGAAUCCCUUGUUAAACCAAAGAAGGCGAAAUUAGAAAAGCUGACCGAACAGAAGAAAACCAUCAUAGAGGAGAAGAAAGUCAAAUCGGAAGUCAAACCCUUGAAGCGAAAAGCUGAAGAAGCAGAAAUACUCACCAAUGGUAAAAAGAAGACUACACCAGUGACCAAUGGAAUUGUUAAGGAGAAACCUAAGCAGAAUGGCAAACUCUUCUUUGAGGAUAAAACUCCAGCUAAAAAUACGAAGUCCGAAACACCAAAAAGCAAUGGAACUGAAGCCAAGACGCGAUUGCCCGGUGUGUCUAGUUUCUGGGAUAACGACUUGAACCAGUCAAAGGAAGCUUCCAGUGAUGAGGAUGAGGAACAGGACGCAUUGGCAACUCAGCAAAACGCAGCCAAGAAAAAACGACUCAGCUCCAAGGAGAAGGCCAAAGCGGAAGUUAAGGAAGAGCAGAGACUGCGAGAGAUUGAGGAACGCAAUGCUGAUCCCAAAGCACGUCUAGAGACAAUCGACCAGUACGAGCGAUUGGUGAUUGCCCAGCCAAACAACAGUAUAUCCUGGCUAAAGUACAUGGCAUUCCUUCUGUCUAACACGGAAAUUGAAAAGGCUCGCGAUCUGACCCGAAGAGCGAUAUCAACAAUAUCCUUCCGAGAAGCUCAGGAGCUAAGGAACAUGUGGAGCGCAUUGCUGAACUUGGAGCUCGUAUACGGCAACAAUUUUGAUGAAGUGCUCAAGGAAGCCCUGAAUUGUAACGAUCCUUUGGAAAUCUAUAUUAAUGUUGUAGAUAUCCUAAAGAGGAACAAGAAAAAGGAGCGGCUAUCCUCCGUGCUUACCACAAUCCUUAACAAGUUUAAGGCGGAGUUAAGGGUAUGGCCCUUAGCCGCCGAGGCCUACUUCUGGCUGGGGAAGUCGGACCAGGUCCAUAAUUUGCUUCAGCGCGCUCUGCGAGGAUUGCCAAACCAAGGGCACAUUCCCUGCAUUGUAUCCUUUGCUAAGCUGUAUGCUAAGAACGAUAAUAAUGACAUGGCCCAGACAUUACUCGACGAUGUCGUCACUUCAUAUCCUAAGAGAAUUGACAUCUGGUCAGUAUAUGUGGACAUGCUGAUUAAGGCGGGCUUAAUCGAUUCUGCGAGAAACGUUUUGGAGCGCGCUGCAUUGCAGAAACUGAAGCCAAACAAGAUGCAAGUUAUCUACAAGAAGUAUCUGCAGUUGGAAGAGAAUCAUGGGACGGAAGCAACGGUGGCCAAGGUCAAACAGCAGGCCGAACAGUGGGUGAAGAACUAUGCCAAGGCGACAAAAUAGUUCCAUCUUACCCCAUAUUAUAGAAUAUAAUUUAGGAUUAACAACAAAAGGUUAUAUACAGAGUUUUUUCAUGAUACUUUAUUCUAAAACUAUUUUAAAUGAAGUGUGAUUCCGAGUGUUACCUUUAAUAUAUAUGUAUGAUAGUACCUAUAUAUUAUAGAAAUACAUAUAAAAACGUUGCUUUGGCCUUGCCCCCUACACAUAGAAUGUAGGGCUGAUGCCAAUAAUGAA